AUUUCAUCUGUCAAAGACUGCAUAAAAAGAUUCUCCCUCGUGCAUACUCCCGCCCAUUCAAUACCCCAAUCCACUUCAGCCUCAAUGACGUCUGUCAAGGUAGCAGAGAUAUCCCGUGCGGAUCUCAGAAGCACUUGUCAGGAGAUGGCCUGGAUCACAGAUGUCCAACACCUAUCCUCCUAUAACUGGAUCGAAGCCUCGCCACCGACCAUCGCCGUCCCCGGCCGUCCUGCCCUCUGGACUCCACCAGAACUGCACACCAAGCUCCACAAGGAUUAUGGCUUGAUUUACAUAGCCCAGAAUGCUGCGCGCCACCCCGCCAGUCCAUUCGAGCCCCUCUUCCGCGCCGUGUACCUCGAGAACCCUGCGUUCGACAUCCGCUCGAUCGACCUAGUGACGGACCAGACCAACAUCCGCAAGCUUCUCGCGUUCGUCAACCCCAAAACCUCACGCAGUGACCACAAACCGUUCACCAUCAAUGUAGAAAGGGUCCGCAACACACAGACUGUGAUCCUUUGCCGGUCGGAGCGAGAGGCAUACGAUACCAUCCUACCGUAUCAGUACAUAGGAUUCGCAAAGGAGUUUGCGAAGGCCUUCGCUACCGAGCAGGUGACGGGGAGUACCGGACAUUACAGGAUCAUCUCAUACCGAUUCGGGGGCUUGAAGCUGAUGGUUCGUCACGAAACGGACGGCUAUGUUGGCUCCCCGCUUUCGAACGGGUCUACGGGAGUCGGAGACGUGAAUGUUGAUGAGGUUUCCCGUCCCUUUGAGUACCUCUAUUACGGUAGACCGUAUCUGCAAUUGUCCCAGGCUGCUUCUUUAGCUGGGGCGGGGUUGUCGAUCAAGAGAGAAAGCCAGGUUGUUCCCAUUCAAUCUACGCUUGAGGUCAAAACUCGCGCUGUUUCUAUGCCUAUUGAUGUCGACGAGACCCCGAACCUUGUGCGCGCCUGCCACAUGGGAGGACUUUUUGAGAAGCCCACGGUUGAAAAUAUGACGGCGGAGAUCAAGAAGUGGGAAGAAGCUCACCAGCAUGACCUUGAAAGGUUCGUGUGUCUUUUGCAAAGAAUUAUUCAUAUGGUCGAGGAAUGUGGAGGAAAGGCUGUUCUCAAGUACGACGCAGAUCGUGAUAAGUUGGAAUUGUGGGAGGAAAGCACAAAGGAUAUGCUACCUGCAGACCUGUACGACAGAUUCCACCAGGAAAAAAUCAGCUCCAAGUCCGAACCGGCGUCAAGUUCCGAUCGUGACUCGAAGGCGACACUCGAUCCUUGA